UGUAACAUUAUAGAAAUGUUUUUAAAACAAUGUCUAAUGAUUAUAGAAUAUUCUGUAACGUUACCUUUCAAGCCUCAUCCACUGCAGUCCCCUUUUCACAACAUGUCCUUCGGGAACCUGGGUGGGUGAAUGACUUCGUUGCUGUGUUGAAGAAAAGAAAUCUCGAAUUUGACCACCAUGGCUGCCCAGGUAACAGAAGCAGACCAGAUUAAACAGUUCAAAGAAUUUCUUGGCACCUACAACAAACUAGAGAACUGCUUCAUGGACUGUGUGAAGGAUUUUACCACUAGAGAAGUAAAGCCAGAGGAGUCCACCUGCUCAGAGAGCUGCCUACAGAAGUACCUGAAGAUGACCCAGCGCAUCUCCAUGCGCUUCCAGGAGUACCACAUCCAGCAGAACGAAGCCCUGGCACAGAAAGCAGGUUUAAUGGGACCACGGUAGAGAACUACCGCCCUUUAAAUAUGGACAUAACACCAGCAGUCCCCCAUCCAGUCUGAUCACAACACGAUCUACACACCACUAUGAAGCUGUUAUUUGUGAAUCAGUGGAUGGCUAACCUACAUCAUCUACUUCUCAGGCUGAUGACUGCUUGGACACUUCUAACCAGAGGGCUGUUAUGAGCCCUCACAAGGAAAAGCCUGAUCAUGUAUGAGAUCAUGCUGAGUUUUGAUCCAGGCAGAAUGUGAAUUUUUGUUUAUUAUAGUGUAUGUAAAGUAUUCUUUGUCUAUGAUGUGAAUUAAUAAGAUACUAGCAAUAACUUGGGAGUGUUAAUUGUCCUUUUCAUAUAAAAAUCCAUAUUUGUAAGUAAAUGUCUAAACACUGACCAUCAUCCAGCUGUCCCCUCUUGUGCAACAUUCAUUAAAUAGAAUUACCUGGGUAUACUGGUAAAUUUC